AUGCUCUUCCUCUUCCGUCCGGCUACCGUUGUUUCCCUCGACCUCGGCCGAGCGGCCCAGCAGCGGCAAGUCCAAAGCGCCAUGGAUGUCGACGGGGAAGAUGAAAAUGAUAGUGUGAAGAGCAGAUCAGAGGCUUCAAGUCAUGGUGAUUCUGGAUGUGGACAAGUCUCAUCGCAGAGAUAUAAACAACAGCUUCAAGAAUGCCGUGUAAAGAUUGCAGAUUAUGAAAAAGCCCUUGCUGAACGAGACAGUGCCAUAAGGGAACUCAGUGAACAGCUGAAUGCUUCCCUGUCAGCUCAGGAGGAAGAAGAGAGGGAUGUGUCAGAACAGGUUGACUCCAUAUCAGCAGAGGUAUCCCACCUCAAGACUCUCCUUGGACGGAGUCGGUCAGAGGCUGAGGAAUGGAAGUUGAAGGUUCACGUUCAAGAAGCAAAGAUGCAAGAGCUCACCAAGCAUGUUGAGGAAUUGCAGAGUUCUCACUCUUCCCUGAAGGCAGCAAUUCACCUCAAAGAGGAGGAAAUUACCAUUGUGAAAACUGAGAAGGACCACCAGAUACAAGAAUUGAUGAGCCUUGCACACAAAGCCCAAAAGAAGUUGUUAGCUGAGGAUGGUGAAUUGGUACCACGAGAUAGACAUCAACAGGCAAUGAAUUCCCUUAGGGAUGAACUGGAAAAGAAGUGCAUUUCACAAGUGGCCUCAGUUCGGCAACAGCUCAGUGUGCAGUACGAAAAGAAGUUGGAGACCAUGAAGGGAGAGAAGGAGACUCUACUAAGGGAUCUCAGGGAAGCUCAUGGUGCUCUUCAGGCUUCUAAGGAUUUUGAUUCCUCAGGAGAAAAAAGGCAAACAAAUGUUGACAAAGAGAGAUGA